AAACAAUGAACGACUUUGAGAGUGAACAGUUGUGAAUGCAAGUAGGCUGGCAAGUGUUGAGACCCACAUUCCUUCUCCGAUGACUGAAAACGCUGAAAUGUGAAGUAAAGGUGAUUUCCUCUUCUUUUCAUAAACUUAUUUGAACUUGAAGACAACGAUCACACUCAGCAGCUUCUUCAGGUCUGCAUUUCAAAGUCUCGAGGAGGAAACGGGAGCGCCACGACACGGAUUAUCCACACAGCACCUCACAGCUGUUUUGCUUUAUACAAAAUAUUUGGAUCACUUUUGGACCUCAAGAUUUGUACAUUAUUACAUUUUAUUAGAUACAUUUGUGUGUGGAACGUGCAUCAAGUUUGUCGUGCGUUUUUUGUGGAGCGACUUUAAAAAGCAAUGGUGGGGAGGCUUAACUUACAGCAUGUGUCUGAUGACGAUCCGCUGGAUAUGAAUUUCAAAGCUGAUCGGCCUCUUGACAGUCCGGACUCUGGUUUGCCUCCGAGCCCGAGUCCAAGUGUUUGGUUACUGCAGGGCACCGGGACUGUCACCCCUAUUACUGAGGAUGAAAGCAGAGAGUCAGCUGUGGUUCCUGUUAAAUUGCAUGCAUUGUCCUAUGGAGAGGGCAUUGAACUAGAUCUUCUUCCAUCAAAAGAAAUAAGAUAUACAUCAUCAGUGCGUUAUGACUCAGAUCGACACUUCAUCCAGGAUGUGACCCUGCAACCCAGAGGUCUGGGGUUGGAGAUGUGCAGCCAGACAAUUUUGGCCCUGCCUCAAAGCACCUGGAGACAUUACAAGACCCAGCUCGAGUUUCAGCCCCGUCAGAGGGUGCAACGCUACCAAAGCACCACUAUUGUGUACCCCAAACACACCCGGACCUUCUACACCACCCAGCUCAACUAUGAUGGGCACAAGCUGGCCAAGCGCUUCUUUUCUGCUGUAGAGCUGCAGGCGUCUGACUGCAAGGCUGGUCUUUGAAAGACAGACGGGUAUUUGUGCCUGACAUUACGCCCAUAUGUACCAAUUAUAAACCACCGCCUGCAUUCAUUGUGAGUCCCAGGAGACAAAAAAGGAAACUUGGACUUAAAUUGUUGCCAGUUGGAAAGGGGUUCCCAAGAAAGACUUGCAUUUUUUUUAAAGGGUUUUUUUAAGGUUGAAGAAAGUAAGCAACUGUGUUGCUUUUGUUUUUAAGAGCGGCAUGCAGAGGUUUUCAUGGUUUGCUUCAUCAAUGCUCUGUUGUGGUAUAACGUGGUUAAUUGAAUGGUUUUUAAUUGUAUGUACUAGUGUGGUUGGUUAUUUAAUGGUUAGAUGUUUCUGAUAUUCUGUGCUGAUUUUGGACCAUCACUGCUUUGAAAGGUUAGAUUUAUUUCUCACACAUAGUUUGUCACAGAGGGAUGUGGGGAAAGUAGACCCCUUCAUUAAUUCAGUUAUAGAAUAAUAAAGCAUAUUUGGGUUUAGUUACGAAGGUGGAGCUUUAAUACAAUUUUUUUUU